UCCUGUAGCAGAGGGGAAAAGCGCCUUCUUGGAAAAGGGAACUGGACGGCUCCGGUGUAGAACUGCAAUCUCCUGGUGGGCAUGAAGUGCACAACAGGAAUCACGGAAUGUCGCGGUAACCGUGACACAUCCGUGUAAUCCAGUGGAGUCAUCCCAGCCCAAGUAACCACAGACAGCAUGCUGAGAGCUGAGAAUCCUCUGGGUCUCCCCAUCCCAACCACACACAGUGCCUAGUCUGACUGCUCAGCCUUCAACGUAUCCCUAAAAACUCAGCAAAAGACACAAAAAAGAAGACAAAUCCAAGCACCUUUUCCAGCUAAACAAGAACUGGACCCUUCCACAGCCGGAAAAGUUUCUUCUUCACUUAGAGACCUAAGGAGGAGGCAGAUUUCAUGGAAAUCAGAUCACUCCUCUGCUGCUUCAGGGUGGUCCUCCUGUGAGAAUGAAAUAUUUAUAAUUACAGCCAGAGGACAAAACAAGCGCAAACUUUGCUGAAAUCUCUCUCUGGCUUAAAGGGUUAAAAUCCCAGAAGGAUGUUUCAAACAAUUGGCAUAUCGAUCUAGAAGAUUAUUACAUCUUUUCUGACACUUUUUUAUCUAACCUUGGAUGUGUCAAUUUUUUUUUCUUUGAAACUCUUGGAAAACAUGGAAUUUUAAGAAACAUUUUGUCCUGAUGUAAAGAAGAAUUGGGCAGCGGAUGAUACUGGAGUCACAGCUGGAUUUUUUGGAGUUUAUUACAGGAGGUGAUAAUUGUCAGGAAUAAAUGUGCCACUGACUAAAGAUUGCUAACAUAAUGGCAUCCCGCCAGUGCCCGCCUGCGAUGUUCAAUUCCAUGAACCCUCCUAUGAACAAUUAUGUUGAACACUGCUACCUGAGGUCACCCAAUGUCAUGGCUGAAGGCAUGAAUGAUAUGCCCUACUGCCACCAGAAUAACCUCAUGACCAGCCAACAUGGGUUUAGUCUUGUUCAGACCAAUGAGCAAAUGCCUUCUGCAGAUGGGUCUCGUUUCUCUACCCCUAGAAAUUCAGUGAAGCUAAGCAAGAAAAGAGCGAUGUCUAUAUCUCCAUUAUCAGAUGCCAGUAUUGAUCUUCAGACCAUGAUCCGUACAUCCCCUAACUCCUUGGUGGCAUUCAUCAAUUCCAGAUGUUCCUCCGCCAAUGGGUCCUAUGGUCACUUGUCAAUAGGAACAAUCAGUCCUUCACUUGGUUACCCAAAUUGCCUAAAUCACCAGAGACCACAAGGGGCAUCUUAUGGAUCAAAUCCUUUAAUGUCUUACAAUUCACAUGAGCACUUGUCAAGUAGAGGAGUGGGUGUUCUGCAGUCUCGCUCCUCUAUCAAGCACUGUCAGCUGAAGUCAGAGCCACUAUCUAGCGCAGGAUUAGAAGCUAUGAAUACCAAACGUCUGGAAGAUGGGUCAGAGGGUGACAUCUCGAGUCCAGCUUCUGUUGGAACACAGGACCCUUUACUUGGUUUGUUGGAUGGACGGGAUGACUUGGAGAAAGAAGAUGGGAAACAUGAGCCAGAAACAGUUUAUGAGACAAACUGUCAUUGGGAAAGCUGCACGAAAGAGUUUGAUACCCAGGAACAUCUUGUUCAUCAUAUUAACAAUGAACAUAUACAUGGGGAGAAGAAAGAGUUUGUAUGUCACUGGCAGGACUGUUCUCGGGAGCUCCGACCAUUCAAGGCCCAAUAUAUGCUGGUUGUCCACAUGAGGAGACACACUGGGGAGAAACCUCACAAGUGCACAUUUGAGGGUUGCAACAAAGCUUACUCACGCCUUGAGAACCUGAAAACUCAUCUGCGGUCCCACACUGGUGAGAAGCCUUAUGUAUGUGAACAUGAAGGUUGUAACAAAGCCUUUUCUAAUGCAUCUGACCGAGCCAAGCAUCAGAAUCGUACUCACUCUAAUGAGAAACCCUAUGUAUGCAAGAUCCCUGGAUGUACCAAGAGAUACACAGAUCCCAGUUCUCUCAGAAAGCAUGUGAAGACAGUUCAUGGUCCGGAGGCUCACAUUACAAAGAAACACAGAGGGGAUGGUCAGCCUCGGAGUCAUGGACCCCAUGAAGGUGGCAUGACUCAAGGAAUUAAGUGUGAUAUCCAGCAAGACUUGGAAUCAAGCUCCUCUCAGCCCCGAAAAGAGGAGGGAAGACUGACUGUGCCAGACAUGUCCUUGAAGUCCCAAGCUAGCCCUGGUGGACAGUCAUCUUGCAGCAGUGAGAGGUCUCCAUUAGGUAGCACCAACAACAAUGACAGUGGAGUAGAAAUGAAUGCCAACACAGGAGGUAGUUUUGAGGACCUUUCCAACUUGGAUGAUAUUCCCUCAGUGGAGUCUAUUGGCACUGCAGGAGCUUCAGCUCUGAGAAAACUAGAGAACCUCAGAAUCGAUAAGAUCAACCAAAUGCGAAAAGCACCAUCUUCUGGAAAGUGUGUAAAACUUCCUGCUAUCCACAACACAGUUUCUCAGGGAGAAUUGCCCAGUAUGUGCAACCUGCCCCAUAAUAACAUCAUGGAGUUGACAUCUAGUGAACAUUUAAGUCAAAUGAAUGACAGACGUAACAGUACGACCAGUACAAUGAGCUCAGCUUAUACAGUGAGCCGAAGAUCUUCAGUGGUGUCACCAUAUCUUUCUAAUCAGAGGCCAGGUGAGCUCGGAAACAUGGUGGAUACAUAUGACCAAAGUACAUCUGAUGUUUUAAGACAUUCCAAUACCAAUGGUCUUCCAGGUCUUACUCCAGCUCAGCAAUAUAGGCUUAAGGCAAAGUAUGCUGCAGCUACUGGUGGACCUCCACCUACCCCUCUUCCUAAUAUGGAGAGAAUGAGUUCUAAUAAUCGCAUGACUUUCGCUGUCAGUGACUACCGUGGAUCAUCUUUAUCUUCAGCACAUUCUAAUUAUAUCCAAAGAAGACAUAGCAACAAUGAAUACCACAGUUAUGGUACAGGAAUAAUUCAUCCUUCUCAGGCACCAGGGGUUGGAAUAAGAAGGGCUAGUGAUCCUGCAAGACCUAGUGGAGAUCCUCAAGUAAUACCCAAAGUGCAGCGGUUCAAGAGUAUGUCAAAUAUGAACACAUCAAUGAUGGGACGACAGACUCUUGGACAUCAGCAACCAUAUGGAGGAUCUGAUGUGAAUUUACAAAGACAUAUCUUCUCACCCCGACCACCCAGCAUCAGUGAGAAUGUGUUCAUGGAGACAGCAAGCACAGAUUUAACAUCUCAACAUAAGGAACAGAGUAUGAUGGUUGGUAAUGAAAUGCAGCACUAUAUGAGCUAUCAAGGAUCUCAGAUGACCACCAAUAACCACAUGAAUUUUAACCACCAACUUCAUGGAUUAGACAUGCAAAAUCAUAAUGCAUACUCUAAUUCUCAGAGACCAUUAGGCAGUAUAAACAUGAAUACAAAUAACCAUUCCUGUCAGAGCAAUGUAUUAAGUCACUCAGAUUUAAACCAAUGUCAAAUGACAACUCACAAUCAGCCUUUCCAGAAUACAAGGCAAGUCACUCGAAACUUGAAUUUACCUGUGCAGUGGCAUGAAGUAAGCUCAGCAACCAUGGACAUGUCUGAUGGCCAAAGUGCAAACCACCAGGUGGCACCACCAAACAUGUCACCAGGGAGUCAUUGUCAUAACCAAUACCCAAGCCCAGCUUCUGAGACAACCAAACAGGUUUCCCUGGGAAACACUAAUUCUUGCCAACAACAGGGUAUGUAUGUAAAUAAUGAAAGGUAUAACCACUUGAGUCAGGUUCAGAUCAAACCAGAACAACAAUUUCAUCAGACGAUGCCCUCAAUGAUGUCAUGUCAGAACAUGAAGCAGCAUUCUAUGCAGCAGCAAGCCUACAACCAGCCAAACACUGUGGCUUUACCUCCUGGGAAUUCCAACUGUGAUUACCAAGGACAGCAAGAAAACAUACAAAACCUCUACAAUGUUGGCCUUAACCCUAACAUGCUAAGCCCUCAAGGACGAAGGUCACAGACACCGAUGAUGCAGGUCAAAGAAAUGAUGGUUAGAAAUUAUGUUCAGUCCCAACAAGCACUAAUGUGGGAGCAGCAGCCCAAAACUAUGCCAAUAGUAAACAGCACCGGGGAGGAUGUUGAUACUGGACAGAACCAGCACAAGAAUGCAACUCACGCACCAGCUUAUAUGAGCCCCAAAUAUAUUAAUUAUCAAAACAAGCAACCACAAAACAAAUUAUUGAGUCCAAACCCACAUGAUAACCAGUCAAGUCACUCUAAAGCCAUGAGGAGUCCAGGAAAUCAUAGUUUUAGCGUGGAUAUGAUGCCACAUCCUCCCUGUGGCCCAAAGCCUUUAAGUCGGCAGCACAGCAUGACUAGUCAGUCAACAUAUAUGGGCAGUCCUACUCAACUUAGUCCAUCUUACCAUUCUGCUGAAUCAAGCCCUAGGAGAAUGCCAAACCUGCCUCCUACUCACCAACAAUCUGACACAAAUGACUCCCCUGGCAUGAUGUAUUACUCAGGUCAAGUUGAAAUGCAUCAUGGGAAAACAGGAAGCCAAAAGCUUGGUACAACAUUAAAUCACCCCCAAAGCAGCUGUGAUGGACAUCAACAUGGACAGUACAAUUCUAACCUGGGAUACGUGAAGCCAGACACCAUGCCAUACAGUAGCUCAUGCCCAGCAUCUAAUCCCUUAGACAGUUUGGAUUUAGAAAACACUCAGAUUGAUUUUGCAGCCAUUAUAGAUGACACUGACCACACAUCUCUGAUGCCACAUAACUUGCCUCAAAGUGGUUUACCAGGAUCAUCUCAGCCUUCCUCCCAUCUGAGCACAUCACGCAAUCCAGCGGCCAUGGUUCCAAAUAUGGCCGUGUCAGACCUGAACUCUAUGCUGUCCUCCUUAGCAGGCGAAAAUAAGUUCCUUAACACUAUUUCCUGAGUGCUUUAGAGCUUUAGUAAUACAGACUUGUAUGACAACUGCCCUGAUCACACAUGGUGCAGCGCUUGCUCAUAAUCUUGUUCUCUUUUUUUUUUUUUUUUUAAAUGCUGGGACUUUAUAAUACAGUGUGCUUAAGAAAUGCAACUCUCGUUUUGCCGACACAUAAAAAUUCACUUGAUAUAUUUUUCAUUAAAACUUUCUAGAAAUGCUAGUUUUUUUUAUCAUGGACGUUUAGUGUGACAAAUUUGCACAUAUUCUAUGGCUAUUUUUGUAUUAUGACUGUACAAUAUAGGAUAGUCUUUUAUAACCAAUUUUUUAUUCACACAAUUCAUAACACUGCUGGCAGGUUUAGCAGAAAAAAUUCUAGUUUAAUAAGAUAGCAACACAUUUUUGCCUGAGGCUCUCCAGGUCUUACUUUAUCAGUGACAACCUGGUAGAUUAAAUUAAUUAGAGGGGUUCAGAAUAUCACACAUUGCCUUAAUAAAUAGCCUAAAAAAUUAUAGGUUAGAAAUAUUUGUGAGCAGAAAUAUUAUUAAAUUUAUGAGCCAAAGGUAUAAAAUUGGGGUUUAUAUAGAUUGUAGUAGAGGUCGUUUCACCUGGCUCCUGAUACUUAAGGAGGUACAAAAGCCCCACUACCAUAUAAGCGAGCAGCCUAUUGUUAAGGUUAGAGGACGGUUGGGAGGUACUAGUACAGAUGGCACAUCAGGAGCAACUACUGCUGACUACCAAAAAGAUGGAAUUUACCAACAAGCAUUUGCCUGUUCGCCGGCAGAUUCCGGUGCUUAAACAUCUUAUCCCCUAUCCAAAGGAUAGGGGAUAAGAUGCCUGAUCGCGGGAGUCCCGCCGCUGGGGACCGCCUAGAUCAUGCACGCGGCACCCCGUUUGUAAUCAGUCCCCGGAGCGUGUUCGCUCCGGGUCUGAUUACGGGCGACUACAGGGCAUGCGGCGUGUGACGUCACGCCUGCGCCGGCGUGUGACGUCAUGCUCCACCCCGCAAUGCAAGCCUACGGGAGGGGGCGUGAUAGCCACACGCCGCCCGCCCUGUAGUCGCCGGUAAUCAGUCCCGGAGCGAACACGCUCCGGGGACUGAUUAAAAACGGGGUUCCGCAUGCAUGAUCCCGGGGGUCCCCAGCGUCAGGCAUCGUUGGAUAGGGGAUAAGAUGUUUAAGCACCGGAGAACCCCUUUAAAUGGGCAAUAAUUCAGCUUUUAAUCACCCCAUGUAAGACUAUUUGUGAAUGUUAUAUAUAUAGUAAGGUAUGCCAUUUCCAAUAAGUCAAUCACUAUAAAUAAUUUACCACACUGAUCACUUCUAAGUGCCUUCAGAUAAAAAAACAAAAAAAACUUUCUUCUAUGGGAAGACUGGGUAGGGAGACAAGAACCAUCCCUAUAAAAAUAGAUGGGGUCCAUAGUAAAGUAAACAAACACCAUCUAAGUAUUCAAUUUUAACUCCUUUCUUGUAUAUCCAAAAACUAUGUAUUGGAGCCUUUUUAAAGUACCGUAUAUGCUAAAUAUACACUUUAGAUCUCUAAAAUUGCCAAAAAGCAAAGUUAUGCCUAUGGAUCAGCUCUCGAGUGUUUGUUUUUUUACUUCACAGUAUACACGUAUGUUUUGCAACAGAUGAAUCAGCUUUUCAAUGGGAUUGGAUAUUCAUAAGAGAACAACAAAUGCAUUCACUUUAAUCUUAACUUAUUAAGGACCUCGGUAGUAUCAUGGGUUCUGUAAAAAAUGGUAGGAUGAAUUUGAUGAAUAGUGAGAUAACCCAGAAAACUAUUAAACUACUAUGAAUCCAAAUCCUGGUCCUGUUUUUGGAAAAUUUCCUGGUUGAUUGAAAAGUCUGUGCCCGAAGGACAAAAAACUGUACUAUACAAUGCCAAAUAUUUGGUAUGUGUGCCCAUGAAAAAAAUGAAGUAAAAAAAUUGGAUUGAAUGUUGAUCAAUCUUGCUGAAUAAAAAUACAUAUAACAACUUAAAACCAAAGAACAUGUUUCCUACAAAAGCAAACACACAAAAAAGACUUGUCUUAUGUUACUGUAUGUUUUAUUGUACUGUAUUUUCAGAAAAAAAUAUGUAAAUCUAUAAUGUAGACAAUUUAAGUGACUAUUGAGGACACUCGAUAUUUCUAAUUUCAUAUUCAAAGGUUUUUUUUUCAAAGAAUGUCUUAUGUAAAAAAUAAAGCAAAAAUAUAUUUUUAACAGUUUGAGAAAAGGUUGUAAAUUCCUUGUCUGUUUUGUACAGUGUGUAUUUUUGUACUUGUAAAUUCAUUUUACUAGCCUUUUUC